AUGGUUCGUUUCACUUCGACCGAGAGAGCCAAACAAGGUGAAGAAGAAGGUUCCGCCAAGUUUGCACGUGGUAAUCGCUUAUCCAUGGGUGAACAGGUUCGAUGCUACAAAGAGGAAUGCCAGCGUAUCUUCGAUUUGCAAAAUCGAGUUCUAUCGAAUCCCGAGUUGCUCAGCUCGGACGAGGAGGUGAGCAGUGAGGAGGAUGAAGAUGAGACUGGUGAGGCAACUGCCAGCCGUGCCGGGGCUUCGGGUGCGACUGGUCCGAGUGGUGCUUCGCACGGGGCGACACACAAUUCCAGUUCCAUUGGUGGUGUUCGACUGUCCAGUUUGUCCUCCUCGGCUCGUUCGUAUUCGGCCACGAUGAGCCGGAAUCUGGAGGCGGUCAUAUCGAACCGGAUGUCGGUGUCCGAGUUCGAACAGCGUCGAGAAGAGGCGGAUCGUGAAAAAUUGAAACGGGCUUUGGAAUCGGGAGAACCGAUCCUCGGUGCGAAACGCCCACGCAAAACCAAUCCUGCUGCUCCUGCAAUCAAAGCUUCAGGUACAGCUCCGGGAACACUUGCAGAUCACAAUACGGACUCGAACCCGGCCAGUAUCACCACCUCGGUGACAACCGCGGGUCCUAUGACAACCACAAAUUCCGCCAGCGCGUCCGGUACAAUUGCCGGUAGUAGUCAGGUGUACGAGGCAAGCGCUCAAGCAGCCGGUACGAUAUUGGAUUUGGCUCCACCGUGGCCGAAUGCGACACGAAAAUUGUUACGCAUAAUGCGUACCUAUUCGGAAGACGGACAACAAUUCACGCGGACAGAAUUGGUUCCCUGGUCACCGGUGGUUGAAAUCUAUCUGAAAAUUCGUCAAACACGGAACGAUGAAUUCAUUCACAAUUUUGUCGACUCUGAUAACCAAUUUCGAGAACAGCAACGAAAGGAAAAACGUCGUAUUCAGGUGUGUGUGUGUGUGUUUCUAUGUUCUUGA